AUGGAAGCCACCUGUAAUGGAUCAGAGGACUCCUCACCUGUCUUCUACCUGGUGGGCAUCGCCUCUCUGCCCAAAUCCCUCUUCCUCCCUGUCUUCUUGAUUUUCCUCUUAAUCUACCUGCUCAUCCUGGUGGGGAAUGCUCUGAUCCUAGUAGCUGUGGUGGCACAGCCCAGCCUCCACAAGCCCAUGUACUUCUUCCUGAUCAACCUCUCGGCCUUGGACGUCCUCUCCACCACAACCACCAUCCCCAGGAUGCUGUCCCUACUCUUGCUUGGGGACCGCUUCCUCAGCUUCCCUGCCUGCUUCCUGCAGAUGUACCUCUUCCACAGCUUCUCCUGCUCUGAAGCCUUCGUCCUGGUGGUCAUGGCCUAUGACCGCUAUGUGGCUACCUGCCGCCCACUGCACUACCCUGUCCUCAUGGCCCCACAGACCAACGCUGCACUGGCAGCCAGUGCCUGGCUCAGCGCCCUCCUCCUGCCCAUCCCAGCAGUGGUGCAGACCUCCCACAUGGCUUUCCACAACAUUGCUCACAUCUACCAUUGCUUCUGUGACCACUUGGCUGUGGUCCAGGCCUCCUGCACUGACACCACUCCUCAGACCUUCAUGGGCUUCUGCAUCGCCAUGGUGGUGUCCUUCCUGCCCCUUCUCCUGGUCCUUCUCUCCUAUGCCCACAUCCUGGCCUCAGUGCUUCACAUUAGCUCCCGAGAAGGACGCUCAAGAGCCUUCUCCACCUGCAGCUCCCACCUCCUGGUGGUUGGCAUCUACUAUUCUUCCAUUGCCAUAGCCUACGUGGCCUACAGGGCUGACCUGCCCCUCGACUUCCACAUCAUGGGCAAUGUGGUGUUCGCCAUUCUCACACCUGUCCUCAACCCUCUCAUCUACACACUGAGGAACAAGGAUGUCAAAGCAGCCAUCACCAAAAUAGCGUGUUCUUGGGAGCCAGGGAAUUCUGGGGGCCCUUGA